UCUCUCUCUUUCUCUCACGCCUUAUAAACUCUCAACUCAAAUUCCACUCUCACCCACUAUAACACUUCUCUUUGUAUCAACUUCGCUCUGCGCUAUCUCCAUGACAGGGAAAAGAGCUCAAAAUAGCCCCGUCGGUAGCCCAUCUUCCGACACUUCUUCUUCGAAGGAGCAAGACCGCUUCCUCCCCAUCGCUAACGUGAGCCGGAUCAUGAAGAAAUCGCUCCCGGCCAACGCAAAGAUAUCGAAAGAAGCCAAGGAGACCGUCCAGGAAUGCGUGUCCGAGUUCAUAAGCUUCAUCACCGGCGAAGCCUCCGACAAAUGCCAGCGCGAGAAGAGGAAAACCAUCAAUGGCGAUGACCUGCUCUGGGCCAUGACCAUGCUCGGAUUCGAAAACUACGUUGGGCCCUUGAAGGUUUACCUCAGCAAGUACAGAGAGACGGAAGGAGAAAAGAACAACGUCGUCGCUAGACAUGAAGACCAGUCUGCUGUAUUCAACUCAAACCAGAUGAACAAAGCUAAUAAAUCUAUUCCUAUCAACCCAGAUUUUCAAGGUUUUAAUGGUGGGUUUUAUUCACUUGGGCCACAAAUGAAUGGAGACGAAGCUGCAGCAGCCAUGGGAUAUGGCGACAGCCUGGUGACUGGUGCUUUUAAUAGGAGUAGAAUCAGAGAAAAUGAUGGAAAUGGUAAUAGAAUUAUGGCAAGCUACUCAUCCCCACAAUGGAGUUGACCGGCGGUAGAGAUUCUGAAUAAUCCAAGUACUAAUAUUAUUAUUAUUAUAUAUACACGUAUAUGUAAGUCUGGGUUUAAUUUCUUUUGACUUUGUACAAGUAUGAUCCAAGUUCUGUAACAAAAACUAUUAUAUAUAAUAUCUCUUUUACUUAUUAA